AUGAAUAGCAAUUUUAUAACUUCCAAAAAUGCUCGUUCUAGCAAUGGUCAGAAGCAGCACCAAAUGCAAUUGUAUCCUGUUCCACCACCGGUAAUUCCAUCCCACCAUGCUUACCCCAGCAUGCCACUGUUAAUGAUUCGGCCUCCGACACCACCCCCCGUAUGGUUGUACGGCUGUCCUAGGACCUACGAACAGAUGCAAUUAAAUUUCAGCUGCUCGUCCGGUAACGCCAUUUCGUUUCCAAACAACCACGACUCUGCUGUCGGACGGCCGCCUUCGGUUCUUUCGUCAUUCGAAUUCAAGAUGUCGAGCGUUAUCAACAACAAUACGUGCAACAUGCCCGUUUUUGAAACAGAACCUGUUAGCAACGAGCCAUCAGCACCGUCGGAAUGCAUCGAAACGAAAAGCGCAUCUGGUCCGGAAUAUCUUCUGGAACAGUUCCCCGAACUGGUGAAGAUGGCCCUGGAUGGAUGUAAAAAAGCGGAAACACUAGCCACAUGUCACCAGAAACGGCCGUGUUUUAAGAAAAUCGAUAGCCUCUGCGCUCGGCUGAAACAGGACCUGGUAAAGCCGGACAACGUAAUGUCCAACAUCAAUUCGCAAGGCAUUGCUUGGGCGGUGAAAGAUUUCAUCUUCGUAUUCACCAGAAUCAUGAAUGCUUGGAUCAUCAUCAAGGGUUACGUCCCCAGCAAACCGGAAGGCUUGCCGAUGAUCCAGCGCGAACUGUGCCCAAACUUCCUGGUGGCCUUUGAACGCUGGCACGAAACCACUCACGAUCUAGUGCAAUCGCUUAUUAAAUCCUUCAUCAACUUAAAUAAGCUGGCAAAGCAACAGCGCACUGGAGGCAACAUUUUCUCAAAACCCGAAGAACAAUCAUCAUCCCCCGUUGAUGGCGCUGGCGCAGGACAAACCAAGCGCGAUCUACUCGAUGACAUCGCAGAAACGGAAUCGCUCAACUUAAAUGUUGGAACUUACAUACGGGCGGGAGUUUACCCCAACGUAACGUGUCCUCCUCCUGGGUUCCAGCAAAAACCACCGCCGAAAGAACCGACAGGAUCAGUUUCUUCGACAGGUUCCAAAGGUUCGGCGCUUGAAAACGAUCCCAGCAACAUUUCCAAUAGCCAAACGGAGGAAUGUUUCCCCAGUCCGAAUGGUGAUAUGGAUCAUCAGUUUAUGGGAAAGUUCCUUCGCAAGACGUCGAUGGAGUGUAUGGAAUGGGUGCUGAAUGAAGUUCGCAUGAUCGAGGAAGCAUCGUAUUUGUACUGCAUUAACUUCGCCAAAAACUAUUUUCCCGAUUUCGACCUGAUUGCAUCGGACAUGGUAGAGCUGCGCUAUGUCUACAAAAAGCAUACAGCGGGUCAUUAUUCAAUGGUGGUUGAAUUGCUCGAUGAUUUGCAGCAGAUUGUCGAUACCUGCAAACGGUACGUGGAUGUUUCUACCCAGUUUGAGCUUUGGAAUCCGAGCGAUCCGCUUCCGGCCAAUAGCACCGACAAGCAGCGCAAGGAAUGGAAAAAUUUUCCAAAGCUGCAAAAUUUCAUCGCCAAAAUGGAACAUCUGUUGUCCAAUAUACGGAAAAGAUCAUCCGCCAUGUCGAUCUGA